UUCUCACACGGGCCCCCCAGAACAGGAGCUGCUUACUGUGACCACCCCACCCUGGGAGCACCAAGGCAUUUCCUCCUGGGCUGCCAACUGGGGCCCCACCCCCUGCCUGUGAUAACACCCCACGUGCCUGCUCCCCCUCCACAAGCCAGCAGCCACUCCAGGGCUCCCCUGCCCUAUCGUGCCUGCCACCCCCUGAUUCUGCUUCUGGGAUAGUACUCCCUCCCGUUCAAGCUUGCACAUUCUUCCUCCCUCCCAAAUCCCCAUUUGGGCUCCUCCUCUCCCUCCAUUCCACACCCUCUCUCCCAGCCAUCACACCUUGCCUCUGCUCCCUGGCCUGUUCACCCCACACCCUCCCCCCACCGCUAGCCCAGCUUGGCAAGAGAUUUGGGAAACAUUUGGGAAACAUUAGCCAAGUGGCCAUAGAUGUGCAAGUCAGCCAGGGCGUCCUCUGUCCCAGACCCACGAGUGACUGAGUUUGGGGGGAGGGGAGGGGGCAGCCAGUGUCCCAGGGCAGGUAGGGGUAUGGUGGGUGUUGAAGUUGGGAGCAAAGCUCCAGGGAAGCCAAGAAUCUUGGUGGAGUCACCACUGUUCCCUUGUCUGUCUUGCCUGCCCUCCUCUGCCCUCCCUCCCUCAUUCAAACAAGUGGCUCUCCCAAGGAGUUUCUGGAAGCAGCUGUGAGUGGGGAAGUGGGGGCAGGUGGUGGCUGGGUGCUGGCGGCAGGAGUCAGGGAGUAGGGGGAUGGAGUUGGCUGACCCUUCCUGGGCGUGGUCCAGAAAAGUGGCAGAAUGAGCCGAGGACUCGGGGUGCAGAUCCCUUCCCUGGGUGGCCUGGGAGUGGAGCCGUCUGGGGACCCCACGAGUGCCUAGGCUGUAGCCAGAGUUUGGGGGGCAGCGGACGAGGUCUAGGGCAGGGGCUGGGGAUCCCUGUCCUGGGCAGGGGGGCUGCCCCCGCCCCUGGCCUGGCUCCUGCCGCCAGUGGCGCCGGUGAAACGCUGUUGACAUGUCCUGAAUUAUUAAGCGCGGGGUGGGCUCCGGAGCACAUGCUGUGCGGAGCGGCUGGGGCUGCGCGGCGUGGCGGAGCAGCGCUCACUCCCUCGCUCGCCUCGCUCGCUCGCAGGGACACACGCAGGGGCUGACAGCUGUGCUGGUGCUGAUAAGGGAAGCCACAAGGAGACGAUCUAGGAGAGAGACAAGCAGCAGCAGCGGCAGCAGCAGAGGCAGCUCCAGGGCUGCGGAGCUGCUGGGAGUGGGAGUGACUCCCCCACCUCGGGCCCCCACCCUGUCCCUGUCCUCCUCCCGCUUGCCCUGAGUUUAGAAGAGCAGCCGCUGCCACCGCCACCACUCCGGAGGGCACAGGGGGCUGCUGGCCAGGGAGGGACAGGGGCAGGGAGGCUCCGGCCAGUCCCAGCAGCCAGGGACAGAUGCCGAUCGAGAUUGUGUGCAAAAUCAAAUUUGCAGAAGAGGAUGCGAAACCCAAGGAGAAGGAGGCAGGGGAUGAGCAGAGCCUCUUGGGGGCUGCACAGGGGGCAGCAGCCCCCCGGGACCUGGCCACCUUUGCCAGCACCAGCACUCUGCACGGGCUGGGCCGGGCCUGUGGCCCAGGCCCCCACGGACUGCGCAGAACCCUGUGGGCACUGGCCCUACUCACCUCGCUGGCCGCCUUCCUGUACCAGGCUGCUGGCCUGGCCAGGGGCUACCUGACCCGGCCUCACCUGGUGGCUGUGGACCCUGCUGCCCCAGCCCCAGUGGCGGGCUUCCCGGCUGUCACCCUCUGCAACAUCAACCGCUUCCGGCACUCGGCCCUCAGCGACGCCGACAUCUUCCACCUGGCCAAUCUGACAGGGCUGCCCCCCAAAGACCGGGACGGGCACCGUGCUGCUGGCCUGCGCUACCCGGAGCCUGACAUGGUAGACAUCCUCAACCGCACUGGCCACCAGCUUGCCGACAUGCUCAAAAGCUGCAACUUCAGUGGACAUCACUGCUCCGCCAGCAACUUCUCCGUGGUCUAUACUCGCUAUGGGAAGUGUUAUACCUUCAACGCAGAUCCACAGAGUUCACUGCCCAGUCGGGCGGGGGGCAUGGGCAGUGGCCUGGAGAUCAUGUUGGAUAUCCAGCAGGAGGAAUACCUGCCCAUCUGGAGAGAGACAAACGAGACCUCGUUUGAGGCUGGCAUUCGAGUGCAGAUCCAUAGCCAAGAGGAGCCCCCCUACAUCCACCAGUUGGGCUUCGGAGUGUCCCCAGGCUUCCAAACCUUUGUGUCCUGCCAGGAACAGCGGGCAAUGAGACCAUCUGCCCGCCAAAUAUCUACAUCGAGUGUGCCGACCACACACUGGGUCUCACUUGGGCUGCGAGUCACUCAUUCUUUCAUCCAUCCAUCCAUUCCUUCUUCUGCAGACGUUGCAGCUUGGGCUGGUGCUGGAGACUCCUUGGGUGGGGGCUCCGAGGGCCCAUGUGUCUGCCCUACUCCUUGCAACCUGACUCGCUACGGGAAAGAAAUCUCCAUGGUCAGGAUCCCCAACAGGGGCUCAGCCCGGUACCUGGCAAGGAAGUACAACCGCAAUGAGACCUACAUCCGGGAGAACUUCCUGGUCCUCGAUGUCUUUUUUGAAGCCCUGACCUCUGAGGCCAUGGAGCAGCGAGCAGCCUAUGGCCUGUCAGCCCUGCUGGGAGACCUCGGGGGACACAUGGGCCUAUUCAUCGGGGCCAGCAUCCUCACACUACUGGAGAUCCUGGAUUACAUCUAUGAGGUGUCCUGGGACCGCCUGAAGCGGGUGUGGCGUCGGCCCAAGACCCCCCUGCGGACCUCCGCCGGAGGCAUCUCCACGCUGGGGCUUCAGGAGCUGAAGGAGCAGAGUCCAUGCCCCAGCCGGGGCCGUGCUGAGGGCGGGGGAGCCAGCGGCCUGCUCCCCAACCACCAUCACCCUCCUGGCCCCCGAGGAGGCCUCUUUGAAGACUUUGCUUGCUAGGAUGGUGCUGUGUCUAAAAAGACCCAGGAGUCUGGAACCCCUCCCAGGAUCUCCAACAGUCUCCCCCUGCUCCCGGGACACAAGGCCUGGGAGCAGCCCAAGGGGAGAGGGAGAGGGCGGUGCUCACUGGGAGGGUGGGGACUCAGCUCAGGCUUUCACCAGCUCUGGUGCCAGCGGCUUCGCACAAGGGUCCUUCUUGUCCAACCCCCCCCCCCACGCCCAGGCUGCUGCCCAGGGAGGGCUGGAGGGGAGGGAAGGAGUGGAGCGAGGGAGGUGGAAGAAGGGGCCCACCCCAGUAGGUGUGGAACCCCCUGUACAUUUGUAUAUAUUUAGGGAGGACAGGGUGGGGGUGGGGGUACAGAUAUAGAAGGUGGGUGGGGCUAUGGGGGUGGGUGAUUCAGGGACAGCCAGGGUCCCAGCCCUAGAAUGUCAGCAGGAGAGGGAGAACCCCCAGGACUCAGGAGUGCUGGGCUGGUCCUACUUCCUGUCCCUCUCCAGGCCCAGCUCCCCUUUUGGCAGGGGGACUGGGUGGCCCAGCAGGCCUGGCCCAGCUCCCAAUUCCCCCUGCCCCAACCCCACCUCCAGAGUCCCCUCCACAGGGCGCAGGCUGACCCGUUAGACCUUGGCUGAGCUUGGGGGUGGGGAAGGGAGCCUUCUCGAUGGGUCUCUUGGCCUCCGGUCUGGUUUUAUGAAGUGCUGACGAAACAGAAUAAAGAGGCAUAAAGUAUUCUCUGUGUGACUGUAUGACCAAGCUGGGGCAGGGCUGGGCAAAGGCAUGGCUUGGUCCCCAGGAAAAGGAAACCCGGGCUGCAGGCAGCCAGGACAAGGGAACCUCCAUCGUCACCGCCAGCCCUCCCCAUCCCCCCCAGCCACCUUUUGAAAACUCAGAGUCACGAGUCCACAC